AUGCCAGAUGAACCAAGACACAACAGGAGGGAUGCUCCUUUCGCGGUGUCACAAGCCUCACAAACACGUGCGCCAAACGCCCCGACUCUGACCUCGUCAUUCCUCUCACGAAAGCGCCGGAAAAGCACUUUCCAAGCCACCAAGUGGAAUAAGGCCACCUCUGCAGUGAAACUUACACUCGCGAAACAGCAGAAACGCCUCAAACAUCUGCCAGCAGGAAAAAUUCUAAAGAUGAGAGUUACCAGAUGUAACGUUAGGCAUCCAAAAAAAGGCUGGGGGAGACACGGCGAUCGCGGGCUGGAGCUGCGCGGAAGGGGCGGCCUCCGCGACUCACCUGAGGACGCGGCUGGGAGCCGGGAGGCAGAGCAGCCAGCGGCCGCGGGCCCGGAGGACCUGCACGCCCGGCCUGGCCAUGACUCUCCCAUUGUGUGGCUUCGCCCCAGCUCACGGAUGGGAGCCCCCCGCCGCGGACGCCGUGCUCCCCGGCAGUCCCGUGCCCCGCGGCGCGGCCCCCUCUCCGCCAGCCUCUCAGGAGGGCGCUCUCCCGGGCUCCCGCCCGGCCCCGCCAGGCGCCUCGAGGCCGGCGGCCGGAAGCCCCGUGCGCCGCCGCUAACACCAGCAGCGCCGCCCGCGCCCUCCGCGCCCCGCCACCCGGACCCGGAGACGCCUUCCCCAAGGAGUCUGGAUCCCCCCAACCCAUCCGGUCCCAAAAGCCAAGUCAGCGUGAGCCUGCGGCGAAGUACUACUCAAGACGACGAGGGCACAGCCCACACGGGCGGCCGCGCCUCAGGGCCGCCCCGCCCAGCACCGCCACCAUCGCCCCGGAGGCGCGGCCGCCGAGGCAGGCGGGCUCAGACCACGUGUGCCGCCUUCUGCGCACGCGCCAGCCAAAACAAAAGGGAGGCCUGCCCAGCCCCUCCUGCCCACGUGACCGCGCCGCGGCCCGCCCCGCCCCUCCGCCCGGCCAGGGCUGUUCGCUUCAGCCGUUUAAAUUUGGCUGCCUUCCGACCCCUACCCUGCGGCGCGACCCCGUGCCGGGGCCCGGAGUCCGACAGCGCCGAGGGCUCCGGGCCCAGCGGCUGCGGCCGGUCGCCGGCGGCCUCCGCUCCCCUCCCCGCGCCGCCGCCGUCCCGCAGAGGAGCCCACCGCCCGGCCCGCCGCGGAGCCGCCGGCCACUCGCCUGCUGGGGCGCCCUGGCUCCCCUCCGCCGCCGCCCCGUCGGCCCGGCCGUGGUGGGCGCCGCUGAGGUGGUCGCUAGCUGCCCGCCCACCUGCCUCCCCGCCCGGCGCCGCCGCCUGUCUCAGAGCGAGCCCCGCGCCCGCCGCCGCCGCCGCCGCGGUUUAA